AUGUCCUCGACGCCAUUACUGCCGCCACAGCGGCCACAUCAUCCUACAUCAUGGCGCAUGUCUGACAAUCCAUCGACAGCCGCAACAGUAUCUGCGCCACUGUCUUCAUCUUCUCCCUCAUUCUCGACCGUUCAAGCUCCGCCUCCGCCGCCCACGAUCCCCUUCAACUCCGCCUCUAGUACAUUCCAAGUAUCUCCUGCCUUGUCAUUCGGGUUUGGCUGCGGGAUUUCUUCUAUGAAUUCAUCCCCGUCAGAUCAUUCAGGCUCACACGCAUCUGCUCUUCGGCAUGUCGGAGCGCCGAUGGCGGCGCCACCUGAGCAGUCGUCGUCUUCGCAUGCCGCCGGGGAAUCCCCUGUUCGUCUGGUCAGCUCUUUUGGAGAGCAUCGCCAUGGAGCAAACAAGCGCAGGCGCAGUUUCUCGUCGGACGACGACACUCUCGACAAGGCAGGUGCUGAUACACAAGACGAGUUGACGAAACGUCGACGUGGCUCGGUGUAUGAACGUGGGCUCCUGAACGAUGUCGAUGCAGGGCCCUCGACCGCGAAGGACGCACUCAAGUCGCGUGAUCUCGGGCGUCUUCUUGCUUCGUUUGACAAGCAAGCACUUCUCUCACUUCUCCUCGAUCUUGCCAAGCAGGACGGCAUGGCCGACCGCAUUUAUACCCUUUUGCCGACACCAUCCGUGGAUCAUGCCGUGUCAGCCUUACAGGCCUACGAGGCUCGCAUUCGUACCGCGCUUCCCACAUCCACGUCAGUGACUGUACGAGAUCAGUACGUGUGGAGCCGUGUACGCACUGUGCUUUCAGAGCUAGUUUCAGAGCUGGCGUGUUUAGUUCCGCUCUUUUCGAUUUUACCACGCCGCGAUGAUGCAGAGCCCCCACACCCAAGCACGACCUUUGCAUUUUUGCAAGGCGCUACGAGCUGCAUGCUUCGAAUUGCACGCAUGCUGCCCCCCGAUCCGGUGUCCUUCAAACAUGUGCGUGCGUCGUCAUUGCUUAAAACAUAUCAACAAUCUCUCUCAUCUGCUCCUGAUGUGCGUGACCUGCUUGCACAUACUAUUUUUCCGAUGCUUCUUCGUGAAUGGCAGGCAUGGCUAGAUGCCAUUGAUGUGGCCGUGAAUGAACAUGCUCGAAUGUUUGGACAGGAAGCUAUUCUGGCAUGGGAACGCGGGAUGGCAUCUCUAGGUUCUAGCACAUCCCCCUCUCAUGGCUCGACAGAGCAAGCGAUGCGAGCUGUGAUGGAUGAUGCAGCUGCACAUAUGCACUCGUCCAUUGGAUGGCUCGCUGCUUCGGCACACCGAACCUCAUGGCUCUAUACUCCUUCAUCCUCUUCCUUACCGGCUUAUGGUGCAAGUAACAUGAGUGCAAUGGAUAUGGGUGAUGAAUAA